AGCUGACCUUUGACAUUUUGUAGCGGCCAUUUUGAAUUCCGAGUUGGCGGCCUUUUCUGUUUGGGUCGACUAUUUGUUGCGAUUUUCGCCAAAAUACGGACCAAGCAAUGUAAAAUUUUGAAUAUUUUCAACGGCUUUGUAGACUUAGAACUGAAAUCAUUGUACAUUUGGAGUUAUGUAUGAGAUUUUGCUAGAAAUUUAAGCAAAUUCUGGAUUUGUCGACCAAGUCAAGAUGGCGGACAGUGACAGGAUCAUCCUUGGUUUAAAAAACGGAGAAGAUGUGGGGAAACUCGUAUCAGAAAUACAGACCUACCUCGCACCUUUGUUGAAGACUGGAGCUGCUGUGUCCCAACUACCGGCUGACUCUCUCAAGAAGUAUGGCCUCUUCUGUAUGAGACUGCUCAGGGCUUGUUUCGAGUCUCUGGGAAAGCUCAAGCCUGGCUCUGCUGACGUAGCCAACACCGUCCGUGUGUCCCACAUCUCCUACAAGUGCAUCCAGCUGUGCCAGCCACACAUGCAGUUCAACCCCUUAGCACUGGAGAAACUUCUCUACCACAUCAUGACCCAACUUCUCACCAAGAAUCUGCUUUCCGAUGCUCUAACCAUUGCCGGAUUCCUGCACCGAGAACUGAAAUCCUUCCAGACUUCCGGCACCAUGACUUCAGAAAGUGAAGAGGAGUUAACCAACAUUGCAAAACACUCCUUUGAUAAGCUGCUAAAAGCUGCUCUUCGUAUAUGUGAUCCCAAGGCUCAGACUUCGAAUCUGAUUGCGAGGCAGGAGCUAGCGCUUACCGCAGGACAGCAAGCGCUCCACAUCCUCAUGUUGUCGGGCGUCGACCCCCAGUGGUUUCCAGGAAGGGUUGUCUCAAUCGCAAAGCACUUUGAAGACAUGUUCCGUAGAUCUGUCUCAGGGUACGAGAGAAUCUCGAAGUUCUGUAAAACAGUGUAUGGGGACAUGUUGGAGCAUGUUGUGACAAAAUCAGAAGACAUGCCAACACAAGUGUGCCUCUUACAGGUGGGUUUUCAAGUGUGCCGGUAUCUUCAGCUAGCUAAGAAGGAAAAGGAAGCCAUGCUCUUCAUCAAUCAGAUGAUACAAGGACUGCAGGGAAAAGCCUCACAGAAGAAUGAAUCUCAGGAACUGCUUUUAGCGUCUGCCAGAGUGUUUAAAGCAUCCCUGCUUUGUACUGCAGCAGUGGGAGGUCACAAGCCAGACUGGAGAAGCAUCAAAACAGACUUGGAAGAAUCAAAUAGAGCAGUCAGAGACAGAAUGGACAAGUUGGACCACAGUGCAGGGAUGGUGCUGGUAGAGUCUUACAACCAGCUGCGGAAGAGUCUGGAGAGUGUGGUAGAAGCAGGACGUCAGUGCAUGGUGCUGAUGUCGACGUCAGAGUUCUGCUCUGUGGAGGCGGCCUUGAACUUGUUCAUGGAUGUGCUUCAGGCCCAGAGGGGAUCAAGCAAGGGUCAGAAGGGCCCACUGGACCCCCAGCAGUGUGUGAAGCUACAGAUGGCCACGGUGAGCCUGCUGCUUGAGAUGAUGAAGGUUUACAUCAGUGUCCGGGCAGACAGGGAUGUGUUACCUGGGUCCCUGGUGGCCCUGCAAAGGGCCAUGGGUAUCAUAGAGGACGUGUCAUCUGGGAACGGGGGAAGCCUGUCUACCUCUGAGCUUAAGUACCUGGGCUCCCAUAUCUACAACCUGAGUAUCUGUGUGUAUAACCACGAUUGGUACGAGGAUGCCCUCCCCCUCAUACAGGCAGCAGUGCAGCUGUUACAGAGGUGGUGCCAGGCUAGUGGGCAGCCUGACAGUGACAGGGAGGUGAAACUAGCAGAACGGUUCUGGUUACUGAGCGAGUGUCAGUUGAAACUUGAUCUGUGUGAAGACGCCAUGUGCUCAGCUGCUUCCGCCCUAUUGGCUGACCCCAGUCACAUGACCAUGCAAGUGGAAUCCUGGGUAAGAGCUAAGAGGGAAGCAGUGGAAAAAGAUGGAGACCUCAAAUCAAGGACCCUGAGGGAUGCUGUCCUGUCAUUGGACACCAGUGCCCUGGAUCAGGACCAGAUGAUAAAGGUACUGCAGGAGGAACUCAGGAUGCUGCAGUUACACAGGUAUGACAGCAGUUAUGAGCAGUACUGUGUGAUCUGUGACCUGCUGGACGUGCAGGGGGACAGCAGGCUCCAGGAAAGGGCGCACACCAUGACACAGCUGGGUCAGCUACUACUGUCCUCCCCUGGCUCCAUCACUUCCAACUGCACUGCUGUGGAAUGCUGUGAGGAAGCUGUCUUCCUAUUGGAGGAGAUGGUAGCCAAUCAGGGACCGGACUGUGAGGUAUCCACGACAACCCUACACGAUGAUCUGGCAACAGCCUACAUGUGGCUGUACAUGUGCAAACAACAGGAAAGUCUAGCUCAGGUGCCCAAGCUAGACUCUUCCCAGAAACAGUGUGACAAAGAGAAGGACAAGGACUCCCAGCUCACGUACACCGAGAACGAGACAUCGCUCAACAAGCUACUCUCCAACAUCAGCCUACAGGACUGUCAGUUAGGCCCCGCAGAGGUGGCCAUGGCGUACCUGGAUCAUGCCUUAGAAAACUGGUGCCUUGUGAUAAGGGAGGGGCUUGAUCUGUCUGCAGUCCGGACUGUGGAAUCCACUGCAAAGUGCCUGAAAAUAACGUCAUCAACAUACGGCCUGGCAGGAAGGCCUUUCCACCAGGCCCGCACACUACACCUACUGGCCACACUCAUGGAGGCUGCCCAAGACUAUGAGGAAGCCGUGUUUACCGUUGCCACGGCAACCAUUGCCAUGUGUCUCCAUGGCAACAGUUGCCAUGGCGACCAGCUCCUGACCAAAGCAGAGAGCCUAGUGGGGAAGCUGGAGGACAACAGUCGGGCCUUACUGCUGCUGAAAGUUGCCAAGAGUCACUUCUUGCUUCUCACUGGAGAGGUGUCGGUCGGCUGGACACAGUUGUGUGAGGUUUUGUCCAGCCCUAUUCUGGAGGAGUGUUCGACCAUCUGUUACAUGCUAUCAGCACAGGCCAGACAUGUCCAGUCUCUCUACCUUAGGCUACCUCUGGGGCAGGCUCACAUGGACAGGGCAGGCUCACAUGGACAGGGCAGGUAUGUACAUGUUAUACAGGCUCACAUGCACAGGACAGGUAUGUACAUGUUAUACAGGCUCUGUUACAUGCUAUCAGCACAGGCCAGACACGUCCAGUCUCUCUACCUCAGGCUACCUCUGGGGCAGGCUCACAUGGACAGGGCAGAAGGCAGCUCCUGUUUCGAGACAGCGUUCGAUGCCUUUCGUGUGAGACUGUCCCUGGCCAGGCUGCUGUUUGGGGACCGGUUUAAAGAGACUGACCGACUGGUUACAGCCAGUUCUGCUUCUAAAUCUAACUCAGCAAAGACCAAGAGAGGCUACCCCCACCUGCCAUGGUGGUGUUGUGAUGAUUUCCUGACCUCACUACUGGACAUGGGGAAACUCUACUCGGACCAGGGCUGCGUCAAGGAGGCCAAAUCCUACUUCUUAGAGGGGCUGGAGAUAGCAGCCAACUUUAAACUGCCAAGAAGAUGUGCUCAGUUCCUGACGAUGUUAGCUGAAGUAGAGCUCCACCGAGGACUAACAGAAGACUGCCAGCUGCUCCUGAAGAGUGCCUGCAGCGUGCUGGCUUCUACAGACAACAAGCAAGACCUCAGCAAGCCACUGCUCAACAAAAGAGACUUCUCCACAUCGAGAAUCAGCGUCAGCAAAGACAGUGUGUCGUUUGACGACCAGUCUCCCGAUCCCAGCAAAGGCAACAGAACAGCCACAGAAAAGGAAAGGAAAAGGACACAAAAUAAGAAAGAUGCCAGGAGACAAAGGAAGUCAGCUGGUUGCUUUGGGUUUGAUGUGUUGGAGAGUGAGGGAUCAGAAGAUGAAGACGACAACUUCAUCCGAAGCAAACUAAUCUCAGUUUCACAGCAGCUUGAAGAGGAUGAUGGGAUAGAUUCCGACCUGGAGGAUUAUGGGAAACACCAGCCGUCCUUUCCCACCAUGCAACUGCCGGACUAUGUAUCCCACAAUGCUAACUGCACUUGCUCUGUGUGCAAAGACGUCGUCAGUCAAACCUCGUAUCUGGACGUCUUCCUCACUGCGACAGAGUGCGCUCUAUCGGAGGGCUUGCCCGCCGUUGCCAUAGCAACGGCCGCAGCGUCGCAGAAGAUUCACGGGAAGGUCUGCACAUGCGUUUCGUCUGUCAUGAAAGACUUUGCCUCAAGUCUCAUUCAGGGAAAGAAAAGAGAGACCAAAUCAAAGAAGAACUCAAACACUGAACACCUGUACGCCCCUCAGCUUGCCCUACUACACUGCAGGCUGUCAGAAGCCUACCUGAUGCAGGAGAAUUUCUCCAAAGCGCACGCAAACAUCGAGAACGGGUUGCUCCUCUUCCAAGGGAAGUCACGAGCCAUACACCUUCAUUCCAACACACAGGCGCAUCUGCUGUACAACGCCGCCCUGUGUGCUAUCCUCCAGGAGGCAGCUAAGUGCAACUGUUCCCCGUUCGAUGUGCUGAAUUGCAAUCCCAGCACACAAGCGGACGUGGUCGGAAACCUCGAAAAGUGCAUGGAGAAGUUGUCGAUCAAGUCCGUCCAAGGUAGUCUUGAUUUCAGUGCCGCGAAAAAGGAGGCAAUGGACUCUGAAACGUACAAGACUUUGCAGGCACUGGAGGAGAGCGCAACGGCCACCUCAGCUAAACAAAAGAACGGUCGACAAGGUCAAAAGCCAGUUAUCAAGAUUGACCUACCAGAGGAUGAAGAGGGGGUCAUCGACCCGGAGGUCAUUCACCCAGAUGUAGAUGCAGAUGAGGUCUUUGUACCCCACAACCCCGAAACGUCAGGAAGAAAUGUUCCAAAGGCUUCUUCUAAGAAGUCUUCGAGAAGGAAAAAGGAAGAAUCAAGGAUAGAAGGCGGCAACAACAACUUUGAAGUUAUUCCUGAUUCUGAUGACGUCUUUGUUGUCAACAAACCAGAAAGCUCACGAAAAUAUCUUGCCAAGGCUUCCGCUAAGAAAGGUUCAAGAAGAAAGAAGGCUGAAGAUGACAUCAGUGACCUUCAAGUUAUCCCUGACACAGACACAGACGAAUGUACAGAUAAGAAGACGGCUGAUUCUGGAACAUCAAGAAAAUUUUUCACGUCUAAGACGCCUGCCAGGGGGACCCUAAACAGAAAAAAGGGAGCUUGUGAAGAUAAUAAAGAUGCAGAACAAAUGGGUGGACCAGUUAGAAGACCAUUGCUGGGGCUGGGUUGUGAAGACGUUGAUGACUACACCUUUGUUGGAAGUCCUGAGACCAGCAAAACAAGAAGAGGAAGGGGUAGAGGCUCUGCCACGAGCAAGACACCCGCACCUGAAACCGCAAGGAAAUCUGCACGAGGCAAAAAAGGCCAAACCGAGGUCACGGAAGCUGACUCCAAAAGGAAACCGCGAUGUGCCAAAGUGUCAGAGAAAGCUACCUCAAAGGAUACUGUGUCUACUCAGGCCAAAUCUACUAAAGGGAAAAGUACUAAGAAGACUGUGUUCAUCAUGUCUGAUUCAGACAGUGAUGCACCAUUAAUUGCUUUACCUCCGUCCACACUGAAGAAAAGACCCCAGAGAAAGGCAACUUCAGUAGUCUACAAGGAAGAGAGUUCAUCUGACGACUCAGAAGGUUCUACAGUUCCAUGUAAACCAAGAGGACUGAGAGCAGCCAGGCAACCCAAGACGGCUCCUCCCUCCACCCGGGGCAGGGGUCGGAGGGCGGCAAAGAAGCCGUCGAUCGACGACUACUGCAGCUCGGAUGACGAGAUCUUACGAGGAGCGAGCAGUGAGGAGGAGGAGGAGUGUGCACCUGUUGUCAAGAGAAGAGGCCGGGCAGCGAAGACAUCCACAGCACGAGGCAAGAAGCCUUCCGCCCGCCCCAAGCCCUCCACAGAGGAUGUAGAGGUGCUGAGAGAGUGUGUGCAGAUCGGAGAGGAUGAGGAUAGCACACUUGGGUCCACACUUCUCACCACCAGCUCCCUACAGGAGGCUGUACCUGUACUGGGGGGAAGGACCACACCAUGUGGUUCAUCGAUAGCUGAUGCCACUGUACACUUGGAGACAGCGCAACGUCUGAUAGAGCACACUCGACCAAGCCUGCUGUCCAGGCGGAUUGGGCAGUUGCUGUUCCUCUGCUGUCCCGAGGACAGCUCUCGCCUGGCUGCCUACUACAUGACGGAGACUUGCAGCGUCACCCUGAGACACCAGAUGCUGGCUAGUCUCCACAAGAAGAUCAAGAAACUCCAGAAGGCAGAGAUGCGGUCCAUGACAGAAAGCAUGGAUCAGCUGUCCCUUACCGGAGCACCUCCAACCCAGCAGGAGAUCCAACUCCUCAGGACUAAGCAGAACAUCUUUGGCCUGAACCCCAGUCCUUCAAAACACAGCUACAACGCUGACAACAUGCAGGAUGUUCUGGCUAAGCAGCUGCCGGAAGGUUGGACUAUUUGCAGUAUGGCCUUGCUGUCAAUCACUCCAUGUUGCUAUGGCAACAACGUCAAUCAACAGUUACUGGUCAUCACAAGACUUCGAGCUGACAGCGAACCUCUGAUCAUCAAGAUCCCUGUUUCUCAGGCUACGUUGGAGGGGGAGAUUCUCAGGAAACUGGAGACCAUCCAACAUGACAACAAGACCAGCGUGGCCAUACAGGACAAGAAACUGUACUGGAAGGCCAGGCAAGAGCUGGACUCCAUGCUAAAGGACCUGACUAAAGCCAUGGAGAAUGAGCUGCUGGGUGGAUGGAAGGGCGCGGUCCUUGGUCACCAUGGUGACAGGAGGAGGGAGAAACAGCUGAACUCUGCAGCAAUAAACGUCUGCAAGGCUUUGGGGUCUGACAACAAAGUCGACUUUCAGCUUCUUAAGCUCCUGUUGGACUCCUGGCCUCACCUGAGAAAGCGGCAGAAACACGACAGUCUGGCCUUCUUGCUGGGAUCCUCGACCGGCUCCCCCCUCCUGCAGAAUGGUUUGGACCUGAUGCAGAAGGAGGCCAGCAAGAUAACUGACCUGGAGGACCUACAGGACAGGGGACCGGUCAUCAUGGUCUUGGACAGGACUCUCCAGCGUCUCCCCUGGGAGAGCAUCCCCAUCCUGCAGCAGGGGAAAGUGUCCCGCAUGCCGUCUCUCCGCUUCAUCCUGUCACAUCUCCACUCCAUGAGGUUGGUGCCAGGACACGUGUUGUGUGACGGUGUGGACCAAAACAACACCUACUACGUCCUGAACCCACGCAAUGACCUACCCAGCACACAGGCCAGCUUCCAGGACGACUUCAAGAAGAGAGGUUGGAGAGGCGUGGUCGGAGUCUCCCCCACAACCGACCAGUACAUCAGGGCGCUCACGGAUCACGACAUGUUUGUUUACUGUGGCCAUGGUGCCGGCCAGGUUUACCUUAAAGGAGAUGAGAUACAGAAGAUCACCACCCGGGCCACCACCCUGCUGAUGGGCUGUGGCAGCGGCAGGCUGUUUGUCGAGGGCUGCACUGAGGCACGCGGCAUGGCACUCAACUACAUUCUGUCUGGGUGCCCAAGUAUUGUAGCCAACCUGUGGGACGUGACAGACAGGGACAUCGACCGCUUCCUCCAGGCCCUGCUCAAAUCCUGGCUCACCUCAGGCUCAGAAUCCUCCCUGCUGGAGUUCGUCAGCCAAUCACGGGAGGCCUGCAAGCUAAGACACCUGAUUGGUGCAGCCCCUGUGGUGUAUGGUUUCCCUGUACAUGUCAAGUAAUCUGAUUGGCUAGCUAGUCGGCCAAUCAUGUCAAUGAGCCUCAUUGGCCAGCUUGUUAACCAAUUAUGCAAAGCCUGCAAGCACAGACACCUGAUUGGUGCAGCCCCAGUGGUGUUUGGUUUCCCAGUUCAUGUCAAGUAAUCUGAUUGGCUAUCAGGUUAGCCAAUCACGCAAAGCCUGCAAGCUCAGACAUCUGAUUGGUGCAGACCCUGUGGUGUAUGGUUUCCCUGUACAUGUCAAGUAAUCUGAUUGGCCAGGCAAUCAGUAAAUCAAGUGAUGCCUGCAAUCUUAGACACCUGAUUGGUGCAGCCCCUGUGGUGUAUGGUUUCUCUGUGCAUGUCAAGUAAUCUGAUUGGCUAGUAGCUUAGCCAAUCAUAAAAAGCUGAAACUCUGUCCUUACACAUGAUUGGACAAGCCUCUGUGAAUUUUAUUUGCCAUGAAUUUCCAUGAAUGACUGAUGUCUUAGCCAGUCAUAAAAAUGAAAUAUAGAAAAGAAUGUUUCCAAAUUGUAAUCAAACUGUGUAUAGUGUAGUUUUGGUAUCUAUUUCUUGACUUUAUGUUAACAAGUUGUUAUUCAUUGUUAUUUUGGAAAUUGUACAUACUUUAUCCUGGCCAAAUCUAUUCACUGUUAUAACUUGUGCAUGUAUAUCUUAAGUGUAUUGUUAAACCCUUUCAGUGUGAUCAUUUACCUCAUUAUUUUUGCAUUCCAACUCAAAGUUGAACUAAUUGCCAAGACAAAAGGAUUGUACUUUCCAUUUUUCUACUGCACACAACUCCAGUCUUCAGUUGGAGAGUUGAAAACUUGGGUAGGUCUAAUUUUGUGUGUGUGUUGGCUACUACAGUUCAACUUUGAUGAAGACUGACUUCUACCAACACAAAUGUACUUUCAAGAUAAUUCUCUCAUGUUGUGUUAAAAGUGUUUUAAGAUUGUAUCUGUGCAAUGAUAGGUCUCAAAUUCCCUUGUUCAAACUUGGUAACGUUAGUACCGUAAUUAAUAAGUGUGACUAGGAAAUGUGGUAGGUACAUGUAUUUUAUUUGUAAGAGUUGAAAUAAAGAUGGGAGAAAAUUA